AUGUUGACGAACAAAGCGUUAGAAACAACUUUCUACGUGACAGACCAUAAGCAGCAAACUGAUUUCUUCUGGUUUCGUGACUCUGGCAUGAGAAUUAAUAUUGGUCUGCAGGAUAUUCAGAUAAUCCCAACGUACGAGGAAGCAACACACCGUGGUGGUCAUGAUAAUGAUUUUAUCCUAGGAAGUCAAAUGUUUACAUACCGUAAGAAUGCAUUUAUGAACAUAUUGAAAGAACAGUGCAGUAAUCCCCUGCCGAGUCACUACAAACUGACACUGGAGAUAUUCAUGGACAGGACAACAAAACUAGUUAAUAAAACUUGUUCUUUGGAAGAUUUUAAAUAUGGACAAUGUCCAGAUGCUGUCCUGCCGAAUGAGUUGUUUGAAGUCAGAUCACUGAAUGAACCGUGCAUAGCUGUUUCCUUUGAUGCGAGAACAAGCCUAUUCUUGAUGAACAUCGACGACCACAGGAUCCGCAAACCCACACCCCUGUGCUGUCACCAUCCCGGGCCACCUGCUUACGCCGUCCUCUUUUUCCAACUAGAGCUGCAAUGCGCGCCUCCUCAAAGGCGGAAACUGCCGCUUGAACCAUCUGGCAUUUCAGUGCAAGAUGGCAAGCGACCAGACGGUUGUACUCUUACUCCCUGGAGAUCUGGUAAAUGUUUGGCUUGGGAUGUUACGGUUCCUGGUACCUUGGCCGAGCGCUACGUUCACCUUACCAGCAAAGAAUGUGGUUUGGCUGCAAUCAGGGCAUUGGACGAAAAAAUCAAAAAAUAUGAACACGCCCUGCCUUCCUUAGACUUUUUGCCAAUAUGUAUCGAGGGCACGAAACCUGACAGCUUCCCACGAAUUUCAAACAGCAUUUCAUGCACAUUAGGUUUAGAGUUUAUUAAAAAAAUGUUUAACGUGAGUUUGUCGCAAGAAAAAGAAAUUUAUAAACUGACGAGGACAUGUGAAACUGCAUCGGAAUCAUGCGAGAGUUGUAUCAACGCCAUAAACAAAUGUUCAUCUGGCAUAUUUGAAAAAUAUUUUUUCAAAAUUGAACACGAAUCUGGGUUGAAAAACCUGGAAAAUGAAAUAAUUUUUAGUUAUAGAAAAUCGAAAGAAAAAGAACUUUCCGUUCAGUUUUCAAGACCUUUUGCUUACAACACGAAAAAUUGGAACGAAAAUCGAGAAAAUGAAGCCAAAGUUGAAAUUAAUUAUUUGAACAAACCCAGACAGUACAUGGUCAAAUCACCAACCUUUCGACCGUACAUAAAAAUUUCAAUUCCAGGAGAAGUAACUUUUUGUCCCGAUUAUUAUAAGUUGACACUGGUGAGAACUAACGAUAAUGAAGAACUUGUGAAUCUUGACGUGUUAAUCACUUGUCCAGUUAUUUUUAAUUUUGCAAUUUUUGUUGGUGGAAUAAAAAAAUCAGAAACUAGUUUAACAUUGCAAUUGACAAAAGCAAACAGAAAAUAUUUUGUGAAGUGGUACUUGAAAGUAUAUGAAAAGUCAUUCAAAACAAACAAGCAAGCUACUCAGCACAGCUUCUCGAAUGGUAGCAAUAUUGGAAAAAUGACAUUCAAAUUAUCUUCAAUAAAUAUGAGCGUUGGUGGAACAGUGGUUAUUUUGUGCUUCUAUGCAAUGUUUGUAGCACCGAAAUUAUAUUUAAAAAAUUAUUCAACCAAACUCAUCACGUUCGACAGACUUUUGAAAAGCAAGACCUGUUGUAAUAAAUUAAAAUUAUUAUCAAAGCUUUUGGUUUUAAUUCUUCAAAUUUUCCACGGUGUUUUGUUCACGUUUUCAUGUUUAUUCGCUAUGAUAAAUAUGACAACUUCUACUUGCACGAAACAAAAAAGUAACUGCCUAUCUAAAAUUGAUGAUCCAGUUGAUGCAAAUCUAAACAGCAGUUUGGCCCUGCUACAUGAAAAUCACAAUUAUGUUACCUAUACAAACGACCGAAGAUCUGUUAUUUUUGCACAACUCGAUCUUAGAAACUUAUUUAGCGGGUACCAACAUGCAUCAGUUAAACUUCCCUGUAAAAUUUUUCAAGUCCCAACUUCAUAUGGAGCGGUGGCAUUAAAAUGUUGUCAUGAUCAGGCAAAAUCUACAAUUUUGAAGGUGACAACAUUGAAGGCAAAAAAUUGUUGA